AUGGAAUUCAAGGCAACUGAGCUUAGAUUGGGGUUACCAGGAGUAACAGAGGAAGACGAGAAGAAAAUCACACAUGGUAGUGUUAAGAACAACAACAAAAGACAAUUACCUCAAACUUCUGAGGAAUCUGUUUCAAUUUCCAAGGUUACAAAUGAUGAGAAUAUUGUGGAGAGUUCUUCUGCAGCCCCUCCUGCAAAGGCAAAGAUAGUUGGGUGGCCACCAAUUAGAACUUACAGGAAAAACAGUUUGCAAGAGGCUGAUGUUGGUGGAAUCUUUGUAAAAGUGAGCAUGGAUGGUGCCCCUUACCUUAGAAAGAUUGAUAUAAAGGUCUAUGGAGGGUACCCUGAAUUACUCAAAGCUCUAGAAACCAUGUUCAAGUUGACCAUAGGUGAGUAUUCUGAAAGAGAAGGUUACAAGGGAUCUGAAUAUGCACCAACUUAUGAAGACAAGGAUGGUGAUUGGAUGUUAGUCGGAGAUGUUCCAUGGGACAUGUUUGUGACUUCUUGCAAAAGGCUAAGAAUCAUGAAAGGCACAGAAGCUAAAGGUUUGGGUUGUGGUGUAUGA